GCACGCAUGCGUGUGCGCGUGCGCGUCGCCACUGUCUUCUGUGGGUUGGCUGGUUAUUUUGCAAGCGGGAGGGGCCGUGCGCGCUCUUGCCUCAGGCCUCUGUCCCCCACCCCCUUCGCCGGUACCGGUCUCUUCUUCGGAAAGAUGUCGGACACGGCAGUGGCUGACACUCGGCGCCUUAAUUCGAAGCCUCAGGACCUGACCGAUGCUUAUGGGCCACCAAGUAACUUCCUGGAGAUAGACAUCUUUAAUCCUCAGACGGUGGGCGUGGGCCGCGCGCGCUUCACCACCUAUGAAGUUCGCAUGCGGACAAACUUACCUAUCUUCAAGCUGAAAGAAUCCUGUGUACGGCGACGCUACAGUGACUUUGAGUGGUUGAAAAAUGAACUGGAGCGAGAUAGUAAGAUUGUAGUACCACCAUUGCCUGGAAAAGCCCUGAAGCGGCAGCUCCCUUUCCGAGGAGAUGAAGGGAUCUUUGAGGAAUCUUUUAUUGAAGAAAGGAGGCAGGGCCUCGAACAGUUUAUUAACAAAAUUGCUGGGCACCCACUGGCUCAGAAUGAACGCUGUCUACACAUGUUCCUGCAGGAGGAGGCAAUUGAUAGGAACUACGUCCCUGGGAAGGUCCUUGGGGAAAAGGAUUGCUGAUUCUGGUGUGAUUCUGGUCAGAGAGAUCAGGCUUAGAUUUUGACAUGGGUCUUGGAGCCCAUCUCAGUGUUGAAGAUCCUUGAGAUAGAUUAGCUCUCUAGCUGCUGAGCCCAUGCUGGGGGCUGAGAAGCCCCUUUCCCACCUCACCAGUGUCUGUGUCCUUGCUGCCUUUUGAUUUGUAUCCUCUGUUACAGAUAUUUUUUUUUUAAUAUUUCUUCUUUCAUUGUGCACAAGUGCUGAGACUCUGAGGCCCCACUUCUGCUGUGUAUAUAUCCUGACUUGGGGCUUUUAUUCAGCAAAAUGUUCAUUCUUCUGUCAGACAAUGUCAUAUUCAACUCUGUUCAUAUUAAACCACUGUGAAGCAA